CAGACCGGCGAGGGACGGGGUGCAGCGGAAGGCGCCGAAGAGGACACCGCCGCCAAACACCACCGAGACUGCUCCAGCGAAGGAAAUAAUAUGGCGGCAAGCAUGCCGGCUCCUCUUUCCUCUGCGCCCACAACGAACGCGCCGGAGAACAGUGUGGGAACUGACGCCUGCUUCCAUGACACCCAUCUGCAUGCCCUGCCACUGCUUGUUCUGGCUGCACUCACCUACGGGACACUGGGCUGA